AUGGCAAGCCAACAUAUAGGUAGUGUGCCCAAACUGAGUGAUGGGUACAAUUUUGACGAAUGGCUUGAACUCCUAGAAGCAUGGUUUGAUGCUAACGAGGUACAGGAAGAUGGGAAAAGAAGGGCGAUAUUUCAGACCAAUCUUGGUAGCAAGAGCUAUCACAUUCUCAGAGCUCUCUUGCAGCCGAGCAAACCAAUAGAUCAAACAUACACAGUAUGCAAAAACACGCUUACGUCACACUUCGUACCAAAGCCUACCGAAAUUGUUCAGCGCUAUAGGUUUUACACUAGUGUGCAAAAGCAAGAUGAGUCCAUACCGCAAUUUGUGGCAAAUUUGCGCCAAUUAAGCGAAGGCUGUAAUUUCAAAGAAUUAGAUAACAUGAUUAGGGACCGCUUAGUAGUGGGUUGUCGGGAUAUUGCAAUUCAACGCAAGCUGUUAAGUGAGUCAUCCCUAACCUUACAACAUGCACUUCAGACCGCCACAGCUAUGGAGGUAGCAGACAGAGAUGUUGAAAAGCUCAAGGUAUUGAGUAAAGGGACCGAGUCACCUACAGUUCAGAAGAUGCAGGGCAGAAGCCAGCGUAAACCAUUUGUGUCCUCAUCGCGUAAAAAUACACAUCAAAGACAGAAGCAGGACGUGCAGCAAAAGCCAAGCCAAAAGAAACAGGAAAGACCUGCCUCAAGAUGUUGGAGAUGUGGUUCAGGUGAUCAUGUCCAGUCAGCAUGUAGAUUUAAGGAUGAGAAAUGCUAUCAGUGUUCUCAAGUGGGUCACACCCGCAGCCAGUGUGAGAAGAUCAAGCAAUACAGAUCUAGAAAGAAAUCUGCAAACCACUUGAAUGGUGAGGAAGGUGCAGAACUGACAGAAAACAUGCCUGGUGGAGAACUCAGACACCUUAGGGGUGGAAUGGUAAAUAAGAUGGCAAAGUACAGUGAACCGUUCCAGACUAGCCUAAGCCUAAAUGGGAUCCAAGUCAACUUAGAAAUAGACACAGGAAGCCCCUGGACGAUGAUGUCGCAGCAGGAUUUCCAUAAACUGGGACAUCGAGCUGAUGUGAAGCAAACAAAUGUUUCCUUGAAAACAUACACAGAGUCAUCAGUACCAAUCAUUGGUGAGGCAAUGGUAGAAGUCAAGUUUGAUGCCAGCCAACCACCAAAGAAGUUGACACUUCUUGUAGUUGAGAAAGGUGUUGCGUUACUGGGCCGAGACUGGAUGCAAGCCGCACCAGAAGGAAUCUACAGAUUCCUACAGAAUCGCCUCAACCUUCAAACACAUGUUUCCAACAAUCCAGAAACCGUGCAUAAGAUACAAGCUACCUUACAAGACAUGUUAGUGAAGCACAAGCAAGUGUUUGACUGUUCAAAAGUUGGUAAACUUGAAGGCUUUCAGGCAAAGGUGCAUCCUCAAGAUGAUGGAGAUAAAGCCAGGUUCUACAAAGCUGCACCAGUCCCAUAUGCAAUGCGCCAGAAAAUUGACGAAGCCAUCGAUGAGCUACAGGACCAAGGCGUGAUUGAGCCGGUGAAGUUUGCUGAUUACGCAUGUCCUAUCGUAGUGGUGAAGAAACCAAAUGGUAAAGUACGCAUAUGUGGCAACUAUAAGUUGACAGCAAAUAAAGUUCUAAGGGUGGAACGGUACCCAAUUCCGUCGCUCCAGGAUAUGCUCCAGGACUUAGGUGGAGGUCAACAGUUCAGCAAGCUGGACCUUUCACAUGCAUACCACCAGAUAGAACUUGAUGAACAAGCAAGGAAGUACACCACAGUAAAUACACACAGAGGACAGUACACUAGGUUACCCUUUGGUAUAGCCACAGCCCCUGCGAUCUUCCAAAGAGCAAUGGAGUCACUCUUAGCUGACAUACCAAUGUGUCGCCCGUACCUAGAUGAUAUUAUAGUUAGCGGGAAGACAGAUGAAGAACACAUUGCCAACUUGCAAGAUGUACUGCAUUGCCUAGAGAGUAAUGGACUUCGACUGAAAAGGGAAAAGUGUGAGUUCAUGAUGGACUCGGUGGAGUUCCUUGGCCACAAGCUGGAUCAACAUGGAGUUAGCCCACUCCCGGACGCGAAAUUAUUUUUCCCACCGAGUUCUGGACCAACAUAUGAAUAUUCAUGA